AUGACCCAUAGCAUUUUCAGUGACGAUGACGAUCAACCGCGGAUAGUCGACCCAUGGGAAGAAAGUUGGCAGUAUGCUCCCACUCCUGGUAACUUCAGUAGCACACCCGCAACCUUGUACUCCCCUAGCCCUGCCCCGUAUCGUGCCACGGAUCAGCCACAGUCGGAUCAACUCAACUUUCUACCAUUUGCCGAAUGGGAAGAAGGUGGCGAAUACGAUGAGAACCCUCCGAGAUACGUUUGCUACACAAUCGAAUGGAAGCUUAUACUCAACCGAAAGGCGGUAGGUCGAGUGACCGAAGAUGAUUUGGUUGUAGCUCCUAGCGAGUAUUGGGAGGAGAACUUGAAAACAGCUGUUGAAGACAUGCUGCAAAUGAAAAAGAAAGGUCACCAGAGAAGAAACGUCGAAAAAUUCUUCAAUUCCACUAGCAUUGACUGGAAACCAGUGGACAAGCAGCUGCGUAAAUGGAGCAAUUUGCUUCGUAUCGGCAAGAAGCUCACUAUAGCCAUUGCGUUUAAUUAUAGGAGCAAAGAUGACGAUCAUGCUGGGUCAGCAUCAAGGAGAUUCGACAAGAGAGGCCGUGUGUCUGCAACAAGCAGAAUGUUGGCUGAGCGAGAGGCUCACAUUGCUGCUGAGGAAGAGAGAACUGGGCGAACUGCAACGUGGAGUGUUGUAUAUGACCGCAUGCGGUGUAAUGUUCGUUCAUGCCCGCUUAAGUCUGAUUGGUGCUGGGAAGACCCGACAGACAAGAAACAUUAUAAACUGAGAGCCCCACACCUAGAAAGACUCAUUGAUCAUGUUGAUGGCGGUGGGAGCCUUGAUUGUCAUGAUGAUGUCCCCAGCGAUAUCCGUCGAGACCUGGUUCUGGAAAGUCAGAUCGGAAGAAAGUCGAAAAAGGCUGAUAUCACAUCGACUGGACCACCAUAUCCAGCCAUUAUCAAUGUUCUUCCAGCACAAACCGGGGGUGCGUCAAUGAUGACUUCGACCCUACCGAGACAUACACCUGACGAGCCUCUCGUAAUUCCUGGGCCUCGGGAAGCGGCCGUAAGGGACUACUGUAAGUGGCUAGAAUCGCGCGCCACCGACGAGGAAUACAAAGCAGAUUUCCGGAAGAUCUGCCAGGUGACGUUGGAAAACCACCUCGACCUUGAGCUGAUCCUUGAAGAUCCAAACGCUGGUUUCUUCGUUCAACGAGGAAUUCAAAUUGGAACAGCACGUCGUUUCCUACGUGAUAUAAAUGAAUGGGCCACUUUGAUGAAAUCAAGCAUGCGACUUGACCGGGCCACUGGAGAAAUCCUUGAUGACACCGAAUAA